CCGUGGCACAUCAGCCACGAUGGAACCUCGCGGUAUCAGCGAUACGCGGCGUGUAUCAGGGGAAGCCAGCGAGAAGUAUUAGUGCAGUCCGUCUCGUACCGAGAAGAAUGCGCACUAAGUUCGCCUCGCACACAGGUCUGCCAGUCACACUGCACACGUCGCCGAUAGCCGCACCACCCAUCCCUGACCGUCCGCCAUUCUUUCUGUGCUCCUAGCCUCAGAUCUUCUAGUUGAUUCUCAAUGGCCAGAGGUGAUGUUGUUAAAACGCCGGAUGUACCGGAGAUGAUUAUGGCGGGUAGCAUGGGAGAAGUUGUAGUCUCUCAUGCUGGGAGGAGCCAGUAUAGCCGUAUCGGCGGCGGCGUAUCUGCCUGUGGUCUAGCGGCCCUUAAUUGCGCGCGCGUCAUCCUGGACAUGGAACGGACAGGUUUGAGGAAUGAGAACAUCAUACGCGAGAUUAUGAAGCGGGAAACUCUUGAGGAAGUACUCAGACCUUGUUUGUCGUGGUCACGCCCGGCGCAUCUCGAUGUCGAAGAGAUAUACAAAGCUCCUGUGUUCAACAAGUCUUUGAAGCUGGUCAUGUUUGCUUAUGAGCAUUCAGGGCUGGGGGAAUUUACGCAGAUUCUCUCCCACCUUUCAAACCAUACGCGGGAUACGCGGUCUUCAACGUGCGCUAUCAUCACUCGUCCCCCGGAAAUUGUCGCAUGUGUGAAGCUCGCCACGAAUAAAUCCGAUGUGUUCGUCAUCUUCGAUUCUCAUCCUCGCCCUCAGAAGCACCCAAAUGGAGCUGCUUUCAUCUUUCAGCCAUCGGUGGUAGCAGCUGCGAGUUACCUAGCCGAGCUUUUCAGCUACGACGAUCGUCUGCUCAUGGACAGCAGUGUCCAAUGGCAAGCUCAGCUUCUGGCGCAUUUCUCUGCCCACAUUUUCACUGCUCGCGAUACAAUGGGGACCACUGCCGAAUUGGCUGAAGCUGUGCUUGAGGCUAGCCUCGAAGUGCUGAAUCUGAGAGCGAGGGUUUUGGAAUUGGAGAGCCACGCCGGAGACCUUGAAGUGGAGAACACACAACUAUCCGAAGAUGUUACUCGUUUGGAAGACGAUAUCAUGGAACUCAAAGCAAAAAACCUCCGGAACGACUCCCGCCUACGCAAAUCAGAAGGCGCAGCCAACGGAGAAUUGAUACCACCUGCUGCUCAUUGCACUAACAACCUCUCGUCAAUCUCGGAGAAAGUAAGAGGCAAGAUGCCCGCCAUCCCUACGGAACGGGCCUCACAAUCAUCUCCGAGAUCUUACGGACUGAAUGAUCGAUCUGCAAAACCGUGGAAUGGCGGCAGUCGUCAAGCAUCCUCUCGUACAGGCUUGAACUGUUCAAGCUCUGAUGAGCCCAUGGAUAUGGACGACUUCACCGUUGCAGCUAUUCUGCUGACGCAAGCCGACCAGCUGAAGGAUGCCGACGCAAUGUACGCGGCAGAGCAGCAACGCAAGUUCGACGAAGAGGAUCAUUAUUUGAAGCGUCAGAUGCAUGAUCUCAAGUAUACUGCUCUUGACGUGUUCGAAUGCGGCAUCUGUUUCGAUCAAUUCAACAGGGAUGUGGUCGCGGAGGUAGAGCCAUGCGGACAUCGCUUCUGCAGGGAGUGUGCCAGAAAUUAUGCCGUCAGUAAAGUGGAGGGCCACCGUUAUCCAAUCCCUUGUCCACUCUGCAUGGGUGACAAGGCGCGGAAGGACCCCGGGGCCAUAGAUGACUCCUUAAUCCAGCAGCUUGGUUUGUCCGAGAAGCAAUAUGCAAUUUUUGUCGAGAUGCAGAUGGCCGCGUUCUCGAUUAUCCUGCAUUGCCGCAAAUGCGAGAACUCAGUGUUCGUUGAUAAACAAGAGUAUGAGGCUGCUAAAAUCCUCGUAUGUCCUUUACAAGGCUGCAACUAUGCUUGGUGCAAGGCGUGCUCUCAGAAGAUCGAGAUCGGCGGCCCUCAACAUUCCUGUGACGGUUCCGCAGAGUUGAAGCAUCUGAUGGACCAAAAGGGAUGGAAAUAUUGUCCAGGAUGCCAAACGCCUGCGGAGAAAAUUGAUGGGUGUAACCAUAUGACGUGCAUGUCUCCCGGCUGCAAUACGCAUUUCUGCUAUGGAUGCGGUGAGGCAAUCACCCAAUCUAUCCGACGGCAAGAGAUACAUUCAGACUUGUCAGCACACUAUCGACGCUGCCGCCUCUUUGAUUAUACCUAGUCGACUCGUUCAGCUUUCGUAGCAGUCCGGCAUUCAUGUUCUGCGAGUUGUGCGGUGAACGGCUCAUAGUUGGAUGAGCUAUCAUUCUGCACUAUCUACGUAAAUUCCAUCAUAACCGCCAUAUUUACUAGCGGCCGAUCGGGAAUAUGGCAUCGCUUCUAACGACGAUAUAUACAGGUGCGAAGCCCCAUCGGUGACAAUCUAUUUUGCUUUUUUCUCUCUCCGGCUCGCAUCAUUUCACUCC